AUGGGCGAGCACCCCAGCCCGGGCCCCGCAGUGGCCGCCUGCGCCGAGGCGGAGCGCAUCGAGGAGCUGGAACCCGAGGCCGAGGAGCGGCCGCCGGCGGCGCCGGAAGACCACUGGAAAGUCCUGUUUGAUCAGUUUGACCCUGGGAACACAGGCUACAUCAGCACAGGCAAGUUCCGGAGCCUCCUGGAGAGCCACGGCUCCAAGCUGGACCCGCACAAAAGGGAGGUGCUCCUGGCUCUCGCCGACAGCCACGCAGACGGGCAGAUCUGCUACCAGGAUUUUGUCAACCUGAUGAGCAACAAGCGGUCCAACAGCUUCCGCCAGGCCAUCCUGCAGGGGAACCGCAGGCUCUGCAGCAAAGCCCUACUGGAGGAGAAAGGGCUGAACCUCUCCCAGCGGCUGAUCCGCCACGUGGCCUACGAGACCCUGCCCCGGGAGAUUGACCGGAAGUGGUACUACGACAGUUACACCUGCUGCCCCCCGCCCUGGUUCAUGAUCACAGUCACACUGCUGGAGGUUGCCUUUUUCCUCUACAAUGGAGUGUCGCUGGACCAAUUCGUGCUGCAGGUGACCCAUCCGCGGUACCUGAAGAACUCCCUGGUUUACCACCCGCAGCUCCGAGCACAGGCGUGGCGCUACCUGACGUACAUCUUCAUGCAUGCGGGGAUAGAACACCUGGGACUUAACGUGGUGCUGCAGCUCCUCGUGGGGGUGCCCUUGGAGAUGGUGCAUGGAGCAACCCGUAUUGGGCUUGUCUACGUGGCUGGUGUUGUGGCAGGGUCCUUGGCAGUGUCUGUGGCUGACAUGACUGCACCGGUCGUGGGCUCCUCUGGAGGAGUGUAUGCGCUCGUCUCUGCCCACCUGGCCAACAUCGUGAUGAACUGGUCAGGCAUGAAGUGUCAAUUCAAGCUGCUGCGGAUGGCUGUGGCCUUGAUCUGUAUGAGCAUGGAGUUCGGGCGGGCCGUGUGGCUCCGGUUUCACCCAUCGGCCUACCCGCCGUGCCCUCACCCCAGCUUUGUGGCGCACUUGGGCGGCGUGGCUGUGGGCAUCACCUUGGGCGUGGUGGUCUUGAGGAACUACGAGCAGAGGCUGCAGGACCAAUCGCUGUGGUGGAUCUUUGUGGCCAUGUACACGGUCUUUGUGCUGUUCGCUGUCUUCUGGAACAUCUUCGCCUACACCCUGCUGGACUUAAAGCUGCCACCCCCUCCUUAAGGCGCUGGGGGACCCAG